GCCCCCCGCCGGCCAAUCCCCAGAUUGGUAGCCCUGCCCCCUUCCCCACACCCGGCAGCCGCAAUUCCUGAUCUGAUCCACGACGGCCUCGCCGUUCCAUCCGCCGCUCCUCCUCACCCCCCUGGCGCCUCCUGCCCGGUUCUUGGCUUGGGCAGCCGCCUCUCGCCCAAAUACCAAGUCAUGUAUUCUCCCUAUGGUUUCCCAAAUGCCGCCGCAGGCCCCGUCUUCAACGGCGCCCCACCUCAACAAGGUGCUCACCUGCAACCCGGCCCAUCUCCGAACCAGCCGCAGCAACAGCCGCAGCAGCAGCAGAUGAUGUAUAACUCACAGCAGUUUCCCAUGCCGGGCCAGCCCGGUGCCUUCCCCGCCGGCGGCCCGAACCCAGCUCUCAUGGGCGGAGGUGGUGGCCCUGCAGGAAUGAUGCAGAAUGCCGGCAUGCCGCACAUGGCUGCGAAUGGUCAGAUGUCGUUCCAGACCCCUUUCACAAGCUCGCCCUAUGCGUCUGGCAUCCCUUCGUCUACGGCUCCCCAGCCGCAGCUGCCGGCCAAUUUCAUGAUGGCCGGCCAGAUGCCGCCUUAUCAGAUGAACACGGGCUUGCCGAGCCAGCAACCCAUGAUGCAACGGAUGCAUCCUACCCAGCAGAACUCCGCCGGCAUCCCUGUGUCGACGCCACAACGUCAGUUCAGCAAUUCUCAAAGCACCCCAACCAGCCAGAUGCCCCCUCAGCAACAGCCGCACCAGCAGCAACAGCAACAGCAGCAACAACAGCAACAGCAACAGCAACAACAACAACAACAACAACAACAGCAGCAGCAGCAGCAGCAUCAGCAGCAGUUUUCUACACCCCGGACCCAGGGUACCCCGCAGAGCCAGACGCCCACGACUGCCCAACAUCCGUCGGCGUCGAUUGCAACGCCCCAGACACCAACCUUCCCUUCAGAUCAAGGGCAGCAGCCGCAGGUUAACGGGACCUCCAGCUCCGCCCCUCAAAGUCCCGCGACCGAAUCGCGGGACAAGGAGAGGAUGGCGGUGCUGCUAGAGAUCAACCAGGAGUUGCUGUAUGAAUCAAUACAGCUCGUCAACAGCCGGAAUGAGCUCAAGAAGGAGCAAGCGGCUGUCAGCGCGGGGAAUGCCAAGAACGGCGACAUAGAUUACGCCGAGGAAGAGAAGUUAGCAAACCUAGACUACAACCAAUGCAUGAGAAGGCUCCAAGCCAACCUCACCUACAUGUUCGCGCUCGCGGACCGCAAGGCCAAGGCCCAGGUCCCGGCGUCGCCGGCCUACCUGACCCCGCCCCCGCUCAACAUGCAGCUCAAGCUCAAGCUCCCGCCCAACGCCGCCGACGACCCGGUCGAGCGGCCCGCCGACCCCGUCGCCGACCGCGCCGAGCGCGACGCCCUGCUCAAGUCCCUCUACCGCAAGCUCCACUCCCUCUACCCGGGCGUCGACCCCAAGAAGGAACCCCCCGCCCAGCCCGCCGGCGCCGGCGCCCGCCCGCCUGCGAUCAAUACUAACCCCGGUGCUGGUGCUGGUGGUGUUGGGGCUGGUGUUGGGGCUGGUGUUGGGCCUGGUGGUGCGAGGCCUGGCCCACCUUCGGCGGGGCAGAAUGGCCAGGCGUCCACGCCUACUACCGCGGGGAUGGGGAUGGGGGGUGCCCAGGGAUCGAGCCUGGGGAGCCCGGCCGCAGCGCUGACGAUGGGGGAUACUGUGGCGCCGGGGCUGUUGUAGCGGGAUUGGGGGGGAAGGGGGGGGGGGGGACUGGUUGGUUGGUUGGUUGUAUGUACGAUGGGAUUGGGUGGUGGGUGCGUAUAAAUCCGCGAGAAUGGGGUAGGUUGAUUUUCGAAAGCGGUGUAUGGAGAUAAAUGAGGAUUUGGGAGUGUCUGUGUGUGGGCGGCUGGCUACCUGUGGUUGCGGGUUUCUGCGUUGUGCUGUGCUACCUAUGUUGAAUUGGGGGAGCUUGUCUGGUCUUGUCUUCGUCUUUGACUCGUUCGGUUUGGUGGGAGAGAAGGUGAGAAAAGGAGAUGGCUUGCUUGGCUGAGGCGCCCGUGGCGUUGUGGAGUUUGGGUUGAGUUGGGUUGUAAUGGAUACCGAGAAGCUGGUUCAGUAGUUAGAAAUGCAGAAAUUUACGGGGAUUGGUGUUUGGAUUUGUUGGUUUACGCGUGCGAGUGUGUGCUCUACAAAACGAGGUGAU